AAUCUGAGUGCUAUGAUGUUGAUAAGGAUCAUAUUGUCCUGCCACUGAUCAUUUUCCCCGUCACAUAAGAUGUUGAAAUUUAUAGUUAAGGAAAUGUUUUUUAAUCCAGAAAUAGAAAAUUAGAAACAUAAAAUUGUUAAAGAUCUUUAUUGUCUGAGAUAUCAGCUCAGUCCCUUAAGUGAAUUUAGCUCUUAGCCAUAACCUGACUUUACAUUGAUGAUGUUAAAUUGUCUUUCUCUUCAUGGAACAUGUAGUGGAAUACGGUGACCAGCCUUAAUGCGAUUCGGUAGGACAGUGAACAAAUUACUCCAAUUAAAUUGGAUUUCUAUUACAGAAUUAUUAUAACUACUGCUGCUGCAACAACAAAGUCGUGUCCAAUGGGCUGAGAAGAGCAGAGAGAGCGCUCUAAAUCUCUUUGUUGUUUUAUGGUUUUCUUCCACGGGGAUCAUGCGAAAAAUCCAAUUUGCCCAUUAAUCUCAUCUGGUCAUACACCAGGGCCAGAUCAAAGAUGGAGGAAAUAGCGUGUGACAGUGGUACAGAUUUCCCCCAAAGACUUCAAAAAGACUGUGAUAGAUAAUCCAAUUGAAAUGGACACAUCACCUUUAGGUGCAGCUUUGGAAGAAUCAGUGCGUAAUUUCUCUGUCCCUUUUUUUUAACCAUCAUUCCUGAGUUAUUAGUUGGACUGAGGGAUGGUUUGUAUAAGGCUGUAAAAUAACAAUGCGUCAUGCUUUGGGGAUCAGAAAUAUUUGGCACAUGUGCGUAAGUUGGGUAUGGCAAUGGGCUCUCUUUUAGUACAUUCAAAUUUGUAUGCCUUAACGAGCAGGAAAUUUACCAAAUAUAUAAGAUAAAGAUAAAUGAAUGAAUGAGCACAAACUGUAUUUAAGAAGCAGACAUGUCAUUAUGUGAUGUGGGUGUAUAGUUUGAUGGCAAAUUAUUCACAAUAAUACAAAAUAAAACUCCACUACUCGAAGUCCUGAAAAUAAUAUUCUGAAAAGUCAUCUGCGUAAAAUAAAUGGAACCUGUGUCCUCAAGUCACUAUCCUCUAUAUUACCUAUGCGCAAACGUACAGGGGCAUCGUACAAAACCCCGGUCAAUCUCAAUCAUCUGCUGUCCACUGAAUUCAAAUCUAAACUGGUUUGUGCGCGUUUGUGUUGACUGGCAUUGGCUGAGUGUGCUGGAUGAAUCCCCCCCUCAGCCGGCUCCUUGCCUAAACGCGUCGGUGCCCAUCACGGUGAAGAGCCCAUCAGCGUGGACCACAUCUCAGAGCUGCAGCGGAGCUCCGGUCUGGACGCGGGCCAAGCCUGUCUGGUGUCAAACCAGCCUGAACAGAUACUCUCAGACGUCUAAUUUUUUCACCUCAUUCCUGAGACGGGACUCUGCCCACCCCUUGUGUAAAGCAAUUUAAACCUGAUAGCACAUCAUCUCCACUGAAAAUAUUUGCUGGACUAUUAGACAGUCGCGCUUUACUUUUUCCUCAUAAGCACUUUACCACUGUGCACAGCCCGAGCCGGUCAUGGCUUUUACGCGCAAAGCUCCGUCCUCCGGCUGUCUGUGAUAUCUUUUUAAUCCAAGCUUGAUUUGGAGAUUCAACAAGUUUUCUUUUAUCCGUGGAAAUGCUCCGUCCAGAUCCAUAAAGGACCGAAGUUUGUUUAAUAUGAACUUAUUGCCAAGUGGAAUAUGUUUUUAUUUAUCUGUAGCAAUCUGCUGGCUGACGGCCGAGGUCGAUGCGUCCUGGUGGUACAUGGGCACCCUGGGUUCCCAGGUGAUGUGCGACAACAUCCCUGGACUGGUGAACAAGCAGCGCCAGCUGUGCCGCCAGCACCCCAAAGUGAUGCAGGCCAUCGGGGCCGGGAUGAAGGACUGGAUCUCAGAGUGCCAGCACCAAUUCCGAAACCACCGCUGGAACUGCAACACCACGGCCAGGGACCACAACCUGUUCGGACGCCUGCUGCUACGCAGCAGCCGCGAAGUGGCCUUCAUGUACGCCAUCUCCUCGGCCGGUGUGGUUUACACGCUGGCUCGAGCCUGCAGCCAAGGCGAGCUGGACUCCUGCUCCUGCGAUCCCACAAAGAAGGGCUCGUCGCGGGACGCCAAAGGCUCUUUUGACUGGGGCGGCUGCAGUGACCACGUGGAGCACGCCAUGCGCUUCAGCCAGGGCUUUGUGGACGCCAAGGAGAAGAAGGAGAGGGACGCCCGGGCGCUCAUGAACUUGCACAACAACCGAGCCGGCAGGAAGGCGGUGAAGCGCUUCAUGACUCUGGAGUGUAAAUGUCAUGGCGUCAGCGGGUCGUGCAGCGUUCGGACCUGCUGGCUGGCGAUGGCCGACUUCAGACGCACCGGCGACCACCUUCGCAAGAGGUACAACGGCGCAGUGCAGGUGGCCGUCAACCAGUACGGAACUGGGUUUACAGCCGCGCACACACAAUUCAAACGACCCAGCAAGAAUGACCUGGUGUACUUGGAGGACUCGCCGGACUACUGCAUACGGGACCACGAGUCAGGGUCGGUGGGGACGGGAGGGCGGCUCUGUAACCGGACGUCCCGCGGAGUGGACGGCUGCGAGGUGAUGUGCUGCGGUCGAGGCUACGACACGUCGCGGGUCAGCCGGACCACCAAGUGCGAGUGCAAGUUCCACUGGUGCUGCGCCGUGCAUUGCCGCGACUGCCACCAGCAGGUCGACGUGCACACCUGUAAGGGCCAGACGUGACGUCGCCGCCACGGAACACUACUGACCGCUCGCAUUCAGCCAGCAGUCAUACUGGGCCAGCGUGUAGAAACCACUGCUUCUGUACUGGGCUACUGUCAUCAAGCUGUAAGUGACAAUCAAAGAGGAUGUUCUGACUCCACGAGCCUUUUGCUAAGCCCUCAGUGUUUCUGCACCGCACUUCCAAAAGAUCACCUGUCAAUUAAACCGUAGGUAGUUGGGUUCUCUGUAGGUGGCGCUCUUUUCUUGGUUUAGCCAUGUUGUGUUUUUGCUGCUCAUGCUCAUUACCCAGCUGAGAAGGUAACUCUUCUGUCUGCUAGAGCUUCCAGACUCCAGAUGAUCAGGGCAGAAAAUGGAAGCGCUUUCAUCAACAUGUCAUAGAUUAAAUGACUGAUAGUGGUGAGCUGUACAUUAACCGGUAUUAUUAUUAUUUUUUUUUUAAAUAUAUCAAUCAACACAAACUAGUUCUUACUGCCAAAAAAACCUGGUUUUCAAAGGCUGACUGGCUCAAAGAUCAAUCAAUCAGUUUUAAAAUGUUUUGGAGGUACAGUACCGCCCUAAGGACUUAGAAAGAAAAUACACUGAAAAUAUAUCUUAAGUUAUAUAAUCUAUUGUAGUGUUGUCAAAUCGCUCAACAGGGAGAAAGGGUUGUGUUGUUCCCUGUGCAGUCUCUGAGAGUUUUAAACUUUUUCACCAAUUUAAUACACAUAAUUCGUUUGACAGAUGUUUUGAUGACUGUAUGUAUUGUGUGUUGUGCGAUUCAGAGCCGGUCUUUUUCUCCCGCAUGUUUUCAAUUUCACGGUUCAAUUUGAACUCCUCGCCAAAGAACAUAAAUUAGUUUGUGUCAUGUCGGGGGCUUUUUCUGUCUGUGUCUUCCAACAUUGCAGUGUGUCACCCAAAACCACUGGUUAUUACUAUGUUCUGUAUGUUCAGGCCUGCAAAAAAACAAGCUGACACUACUGAAAAGACGCUCAGUUAAAUGGCAACAUUUCAAAACUAAUUUGGAUCUACACAAAUCACACAUUUUGGAACCAAAAGGCGACUGGUUUGCAGCUGGGUGUUGAUUAUGAGGGUUUCUGUUUAGCACUUUGAGGUGAUUUAGUGAGUGUGAUGACAUGCACAGUAAUAGGACAAAUUUCUAGUAAAUAUCUUGUUCAAGUGAUUGCUACAAAUUAAGCUUUGUAAAAUACUAAACAUUGAAAGUGGCUUUAAACUCACAUUAUUCUGGAGCAGUAAUCAAUUGAACAAACUAACUAUGUCUUUGGCAUUAACUUAAUAAUGUAUUCUCUUAAUCACUUUCUUAUGUUUGAGAAUUGCAUUUUUCCCACACAUUUUGCCCAAGACACUGUUCUCAUUUCGUCUAACUUACAAACUCAUGUUAACAUUUGGAGAGCUCCAGGUUCUCCACAACAGGCCGCUGUUAAUUUAUAAUCCGUCCAGUUACAUACUGGCUAGUUCCGCUUUGCCAGACCCUCCUCCAAAGCGCGUCGGAGGAGGGUCUGGCUACUCCCCAUAGCAUUCGGGGAUGGGAGGAAAACGUGCUUUAUUGGCAUUUCUUUAAACCAAUCACAAUCGUUUUAGGCGGUGUUAAGCACCGGACAAAAGCAGCGGUGCCACUGCAAAAUAGACUCGGAAGGAACUUGUUUUGGUGGAACGUGUACUUUUAGAAGUAGUUUUA